AUGAACACUCAACCAUUGCACGACUUCGCGCAGGCGCAAUCUCUUCAAAUUCCAGGACUACAAAGGUAUGCCCCUCAAAAUUUCGCCAUGUUUUCCAAGUUUUCCCUCAUCAAGCCGAUAACUGAUGUGUCGUAUUUAAGCCAAGACUGUAAGCUCGUUAUAAGACAACAGCCUCGCUAUGCAAGGGUUAAUAUGGGCAAAGAGAAAGACCGUCGAGCAGUUGACCCUCCCCCCGUCGUCCAACUCAUAAUUACCCACCAGGUCGACCCAUAUGAACGCUACAUUAUAAACCCACAUUUCUUCAUGAUGAGUCGUCUUACGUCGGUCACAGACAUGCAAACUGGGACGCAUCAUGGAGCUUUACUAGCAGGUACUACUGUAUCAUCUUGCCAUCGCCUCAAAGAUCCGGAGACUGACGACUGGGGCGCAUAUUUUGUAUUUGGCGAUUUGUCUGCCAAGAUCGAAGGAAUCUUCAUAUUGCAGUUCGACCUUUUCGAGAAUCGCGAUGACGAAGUGGUUUGGAUGGGAUCUAUUUCGUCCGAUCAAUUCACUGUAUAUUCAUCGAAAUCCUUCCCUGGGAUGAUGGAAUCCACCUCCAUGACGAAAAAGUUCCAGGAGCAGGGCCUCAAAUUGAGAGUUCGCAAGGAGCCUCGGGCAUUGCUCAGGAAGCGUGGUCCUGCGUUUGAUGACUACGAGCCUAAGAAGUACCGCACUCGCGUUCAAGAGCCGGAGGACGAGCCCGAGUCUCCCGAAGCGAGCAGACGCAGCGAAGAACAGCAACAAGCCCUCGAUCAAGCUGCACGCAUGCAGCAUAGAUACUCGGGCUAUUCCCAAGAAUUCUCAUCACCAGACGAGCGCCAAUUGAAGCGUGUAAGGACCGAUACCUGUCCAAGCCAGUCGAAAAGUCCAAACUUCGAUCAACAGACCCCCGCCGAGUCACUUCAAUGGCAAAGAGGAUAUGCUAAUGUACAACAGCAGCAGCAACAAUCUUCUUUUGCUGGCCAUCAAAUUCCAAGCCAACACCCCUUGCAGAGUUAUAAUGACUACAACUCCUCAAACUAUGCACAUUCUCCCCAAGAGAUGACUACACCGGUUCGAGAUCAGUUCUUUUCAAAUCAACUCUCGAAUACCCAUAUAAAUGACUCGCCCCAGCCCAGGUCUUUACAAUUCGAGAUGAGUAACCAGCGACCGUCUCCCACAUACUAUCAUCCACAAUCGCAAGCAUCACUGCAUUCAAUCGUUCCAAUACUGUCAGAGCCCAAUCCCAUGAGUCACAGACAGACAAGCAGUUACCACAAUAUGGGGUAUCCACCAAGAUCACAGAUUUCGCACGGGGGCCUCACCGGUAUGCUGCCACCGUCAAACCUUGGGAGAAAUCCCGCGGCCCCUGGGUUUUCCGGUUAUCGGAGAGAUACCCCUUAUGACACACUACCUGGACAUGGUAUUGGCAUAGGGCAAUUCCCGGAGCAGAAUUCAUUUGCCGUUCCUAUUAGAGAUCCUUAUGAAGGUCGGUCCUCCGCUCAAAUUGUGACAACAUCGCAGCCCGGAUAUUAUCAGUAA